GGGACAGCGUGCACAGGAACUGCGCCUUGAUGGGAUGGCAGAUGGCGAUGUACCUCUCGACGGUGAAGGCGGCAAUAGAGCACGAUGAGGCGUUGAUGCCCAGGUACUGCAGGUGGGCCCGUACAACAAAAGGCCUGCCUUCUCCCCAGCAGGAUGGUACAAAAGUAUAAAAUGAGGAAUUUUACAUCCAAGUUGGGGUCAUCUAAAGCAGCCCUGGUUUCCAAAACAUGCAGCUGCCAAAAGGAAGAAAGGAAGGAAGGACGCUGUGUGAGUUUGUGGUGUUUUCACACUUGCAGCAAGAUGCCAAAUGAAGCAGAAAAGCGCAAAAAAAUGUCCUCCGGUCACGUCCGUUCACACUCAAGUAAGCAAUGCGUCGUCUCCGGUUGUGGACUAAAGCAGAAGUAAAGGUCAGUGGUCGGCAACCAAAAUGUUGAAAGAGCCAUAUAGGACAAAAAAAAACAAAUAUGUCUGGAGCCGCAAAAAAAUAAAAGCCUUCUAUAAAACUUGGAAAAUAAACACAUGCUGUAUGUAUGUAGGAGACUGGACUGUCUCAGAAUUUUUUUUAUGUUAUUCAUUCCUAUGUUGUGUGUUCACAAACGCCCCCAUAGAAUUUAUUUUGUGAUUUCCUCGCUUGAUUUUUUGUUUUGGUGCAUUAUAAUCGCUUUUCUUAAUGUCAGUGAAGUGAUCAUGAAUUUCCGUUUUUUCAGAGGCGGUAUUUGAACGCCUCUCGAGUUGAAGAGACUGUUAAAAGCAUAGGUAAAGUGUACGUUUUUAAAAAAAACCCAACACCACGGCUCUCCUUUUUCGGAGCUGCAACAUGUAUCGCUAUCUAUUUGAGCUAUAUUAGCCUACUAUCAAAAUCUUUUUCCACUUUCAAACAUUUUUUUAUAAAGCUCCAAGGAGCCACUAGAUGUCGCUAAAAAGCCGCAUGCGGCUCUGGAGCCGCGUCUUGCCGACCCCCGUAUAGGGUGUGCUGUCUUUUUGGAGGAAGGUGGCAGCAGCGGAACGACAGAACUUAAUUCGUUUAGAAUUGUGACCUUUGGCAAAGUGUAACCUACAUUUGCAAAAGUCACAGACACACACACACACACAUUCAAGAGGCUUUCCGUAACAUGCUCAGCAAGCGGAAAAUCCUCCUUUUUUUCCAUCCUUUAUAAAUCCUCCCCCGCCGCCACAUGAUGGCAUUUUUAUAAACCUUUCGAGCUUAUUUUUACUUUCGAACAUCGCCAAUUGGUGAGAUCGAAUGAGACGCAAAUACAUAUCAUCGGGAUUUAAUUUCUUCAUCGUUCUUUUAUAAAUUCUACGUUGUGAAAUUGGUGAAUAAUCACGUUUCACAAUCAAAUAAAAACACCUUAAUUAAUUGAAGAGUGAAUUUAGUGCAAACACUAAACCCCCCUCCACCUGCCCCUCCAUCAUCUCCUUCUGAAAUGACGGCUGUACUCCCCUGAUCCAACAGUGUUUUUUUUUUUUUUAAAUAAGCUAUCAACUCGGGGGGGGGGGGGGGCUGUAAUAAAAGCAUGCAUACAUUUGACUGCUGACUGGCGCAUCCCGGUGUCUGAGACGAUACGCGUGGAUGCCGCGGUGCCCUUGGGAGGGGUCUGCCACCCGCUCCCCAAUAAUUGACAAGGCGGUGGAAGCAGAGGAGAUUGUGUAAAUGAGGCGUGACUCCACUUAUUUCCCUCCUCGCUUCCGUGCACCGCGCUUGAGAUGAGCGCCACUUUGCAAACUUUGGAUCCACGCCUCCUCCUUCUUCUUCUCCUUCCUCCAUGGGGGUGACCACGAGCCCGGGGACGCAGUCGCGCGCCAGAGCACCGGGUCCCUCCGCAGGAGAGAACCCGCGCCCAGCCGAGGAUGAGUCUCCUUUGACGGGCGAAGACCCAGCGGAGGACUGCUUGAGUGGAUUCUGCGCGGAAGAAGCGGAAGAUGCGGAGGAGGAACUUUACUCGGAGCUGUCCUCAGAGGGCUCCGUGGACUACGGCUUCAUAGCAGCUGUCUGCUGCCUGGUGACGGGCAUCUCCCUGGUGGCCAUUUCGUUUGCGGUGCCUCGGGACGCGCGGGUCCCCGUGGAGGCGGACGGUGUGGCGGCGCGCGAGAUGGAGCGGUUGCAGCAGCAGCGAGCGCGCUUGGACGCGCACCUGGACCGCUGCGUCAUCGCCGGCCUGUGCCUGCUCACGCUGGGCGGCGUGCUGCUCUCCAGCCUGCUCAUGGCGUCCAUGUGGAAGUGGGAGAUGAUGCGCAGGAGGGCGCUGGCGCACGCGGCCAAGCACAAUCUGUAUGGGGCCAUUGGGCGGGGGCACUCGGACCCUGGCGCGAAUUUGCCCGCCACUGCUGAUGACUCGUUUGAAUUUUGAAUCGGGAAAA